AUGACCGACACAAGUGGAGAGAAUUCCCCAUUCGGCAAAAACCAUGGCAUCGAUUACCUGUUUAGAAAAAACAUACACAGAAUGGAUGGCAUCCAAGGGAAAAUAAAAACCAUCUAUGAAGAUUUCCAUGUGCACGAAAUUACAAGAAACAACAACAUUUUGCACUUGGAACAGCUCAUAGAUAGAGAAAAAAUUAAUCAAAUUAUUCACCAGACUGAGAAAGACGAGAAGGAGAAAUUAAUCAGAAGCAUCUCCAAAAGGGACUUACACCUGCAUGUGCUAGCCAAGUAUGUAAACAGACACAAUGUGGAAACGUUUAAGCAAUUUCUUACCUUAUUACACAACAUAUAUCAGUUAAAGAUGAAAAGUGAGGCGGGUGAAUUACCGCAGGAGACAACGAGGGACGGCUUGAAGAAAGUAUCCACUCCGUAUUGUCUCUUUAUACACCUGGAUCAGAUGCCUGCUCAAGCGGAGCCCCACUUAGAUGAAAAUAGGGAUGCCACUCCCGGUGAAGAACCUCUUUGUAGCGAUGGCCUCCCCCUCGAGGAACCAACGGAUGGAAACAAAGCCGCGCGAAGGAACAUUCACAACGUUAUAAAGCAAUAUUACCCAUUUCUCCUGACGGAGACGAAGAAUGUCCCCCAGAGCCAAAGCGUCCUUUCGCAUGGAAACAUACUACAAGGAAAUGCCAACCGGGGUAAUAACAGUGCAGAGUUCAACAAAGAGGAAAACGCCCAUGUACACAUCAACGCCAUACAAAUUUACCCAUCCUUUAAUUGCCUAAAGACUAUUUUGCCACAGGAUAUAUUUAACAAAUUAAAAGGAAAUGCGAAGAAAUCUCGGUUCAGAGAAAACGACCAACUGGAAGAUAUUAUCUGCCAAAAGUUGGACGAAAUGGAAGAAAAAAAAAAAAUCACAAAAUUGCCUGAACAGGUUAGGCAGUUUUACCCAGAAGAAUCUUCCCCGGAGGGCUCUGACGCUGCAAAGGGAUUCUUCGAAAAUAAGAAAAGGAAAAUUGAGUGCGAAACUUUGUCUCAGAGUUUCGAUAGCAACUGCAGGGGGGGAAUGAACACCCCGGGGGGGCAUAAGAAGGGGCGCGGGGAAGCGGAAGUCAAAGUGGAAAUCGAAGCGAAAGGCAAACCGGAAAGAGAGGCCACUACUUCCAACCUUUGUGGGGGUUCCCCUUGUGACGGUUCAAAAGACAAGAAGGAAGGGGCAGACCCACCAAAGGAGACCACCCCAACAUGUGACGAAGAGGGCCUUCCUCCCAACGGGCCUGUUUCCCUCUCCAAUGUUAGUAAAAAUGGUGACACCGGUCACACCGAUUGCAACCAGCUUAGCCACGGAGAACACUCCGAAGACACUGCAGGGGGGAACUUCCUGGACAAACUGAACGACCACAGGAAGGAGAAAAGCGAACAGAAAAAGGGAAAGAAGUACCUGCACUUUAAUAUGUACAAAGAAAACAAAGACAUAUGCGAAGUAUUGCACAAAAUAAAAGUAAAUUUAAAGAAAAAAAAUGGAGACAUAUCAUACUGUGGAAUUAAGGACAAGAGGGGAAUAACAGUGCAGAGGUUUUGCAUUCACAAGGCGAAGAAGUUUGACUUGUUUAGGAUGAUAAUGGGGGGGGACUGUGGGAGCCGCAAUAGAAGUGGUGGUAGGGGCGGCUCCCCCUCCCGGUGCAAGAACGUCUACGUGUCGAAUCUGAGUUACAGAAAAAGAAAACUCUCCCUGGGCGAUUUAAAGGGGAACUUCUUCAAGGUGCUAAUCAGGGGAGUGGAGGACACCUCGGAGGAGAAAUUUUGCGCUCUCGCCGACAACUUUAGGAAGGCAGGAUUUGUAAACUACUUCGGCCACCAACGGUUUGGCAGUAAGCAAAUAAAAAAUUACGAAAUUGGUAUCUGCAUACUGAAGAAGAAUUACAAGCAGGCUCUCUUCCACGUCAUUGAGAAUGCCGGGCUGGACAGCUCCAAGAAGGCUCGCCUCAUUGAGUACUUGAACGAGUUGGACGCGUCAAAUCGGGUGGUAGGGGAAGGGGAAGCGACAAAUCGGGUGGAAGAGACAGGUGAGUUCGUCGCCCUGACCACACCCAAUGAUGAGUCACAUGCGUGCAGAGACCAGAAGGAUGGUCAGGCAGAAGGAGACCAAAACGACGCACACGAGAAGGGAGGCCCAACCGCACGCGUUGAGGACGUCGCUCUGCCCCCACCAAAUUGCGAAAAGAAACCCUUCUUUAAGAAAAAAAAAGAAAAAAAAAUGAACGGCACACCAUACAGAAACGCAAAGGAAGAGCAAAACCAACUGCCGAAAGAUAUUUUCGAAAUAGUAAACUCCAUUUCGAGUGACUCCCAUGUAGAAAAAACAAUUUUGUGCUCCUUAAAAAAUGAUAAAAAAUUUAAAAAUUCAUUCAUGAAUUUACCCAAGGAUAUAUUUUCCCUCUUUAUACAUUCUGUCCAAAGUCUCAUAUUCAACAUCCUUGCGGACAUUCGAAUGAAGAAGUAUGGCUUUGGCGUCGUGGUCGACGAUCUUAUCGAGUCCAAUCGUAACAAUGAACAAGUUCUAACCAGUGAUAAUUCGACUGAGCAUCACUCAGAUGAGUCAGAAAGUGACGAACCAUUAUACGAAACGAACAUAAUCGUAGUGACACAUGAAAAUAUUUCUCUGUACGAUAUUUACGAUGUCGUUUUACCUUUACCUGGAGAUAAGAAUUUGGUGUUUCCUCCUAACCUCACCGAAGAAUACAAAUCUGUGUUGAGCAGUUUGCACUUAUCGUUAGAGGACUUUCGAUCCGAAAAGAACUUCUUCAGCGCGCCCGGCGGUUAUCGAAAGGUCGUUGUAAAGCCUCGUGAUUUCAAGUCCCUUUUUAUUAAAAGUGACGCAGCGGGUAAGGGUAGGAUUCCCUUCAUACGGAGUGAUUUGAGCAGGCUGCUGCAGCAGGAGGGGUGUGCGGCCCACUCGGAGGCGAAUUCUGCGGCGACGAGUGAAGAGCCAAACGGGGACGACGCCAAUCCCGCGGCUACAACACGCAUGGCGGACGAAAUGCAGACGCACAUCACCUUCGUCCAGAGUGACGUCUACCACGAGCAUCUAAUUAAGGAGGUACCCAACUAUCGAACAACGGCCUCCGUCCUUUUGACUUGCUCCCUGCCCAAAUCUUCCUACAUCACGGUGGCGCUCCUGGAGGUGCUAAACAGUUAG